GUCUACUCUUCGGUACCAGUAUAAUGGGGUUCAUCAGAGUUUACGGUGGGACCUACCAGGUCUAGUUGAAUCGCGCCGCGGGUGAGUUUAACUGCAGUGUGUGAGUGUAGGGGAGUACCGUGAACAGACUUUUUGUGACGGGGUUGGAAUGCUGAGUUUACGAACGGCUGUCAGUUCUGGUUGUAACGCGGAUGAAUCAGUGAAGUGGAGUGAAGCACCAUGACCAGAACGUGCGGCAGCGCCCAAGUCGUGUGGGCAGUCCUGUGGACAUCUAUAUACGGAGCCGCCGUUAGCGCGUUCUCCUGUCCCUCCGUUUACAUUCCCGCCAGAACUAUCGUCAUCGAGGGCGCCUCCUGCAGCUUCUGGGUCAAAGAGGGGCGCUGGCGCUCCGAGGAAGGCCGAACUCUGGCCUUGUACAAGCAGAGGUGCAACUCCAAGACUCCGUACGUGGUGUCCGUGUCCUCUCCCGCGGAGAACAUUUUCGCGUGGACCGAGGACUCGUACUGGUACCUCGGCAGGCGGAUCCGCCUGAAGGACUGCGAGCAGCACUACAGGGCGUCCGUGGAGGAGUUUAUUCUCAGGCAGAAGGGCGCGAGUAAGAAAGUCAUGCUGCAGUACUUCAUCAAGGACCGUCUGGAGAAGAAGGUGCUGGCGUCUUCUGGACAGGACAGGGUGAACGACCCUCACCUGUGGUUUAAGGACGUGAACGGGACGGUCAUAGCGACCGCGAGGGGAGUUUCCGACGACAGCAACACCACGCAGCUCCGCAAGUGGUCGAUCUGCAGCACCGGGAACCUGCAGGUGGUGUUCGGUAACUCCAGCAGGAGCUGGCUCGCGUUGCCGCAGAACCGGUGGAUGAUCCUCCUGACUCUGACCGUGAAGGCUCUAAGAGACGCGAGUAGAGGCACGGACGGCGUGGUGCACUACAACGAGUGCCAGGCCGCGCACUGGACCAUGGUGCUGGGCGUGCCCAUGUUCAUAGUUACCGGCGUGGUCUACAUGGUCUACCUCGGCACCAAGUGCAGCAAGAGCCUGGCAACAAACAUAUCCAGACGGUACAGCACGGCAAGUGCCAUCGCGUAGGAGUAGUAAGUGGUUCGUUUUCUUAUGCUGAGGUCACAUUUCCAAACCGGGGCCGGACCGGGCAGUCUUAUGGAACGA